AUGACAGUUCAUUUAUCUUUAGACGCAUAUUUGUUCUUUGUCCUUAACCCAAAAAGUCUUUGGUGGAAGCAAAGAAGCAAAUACUUGUGUUUGUAUACACCUAAAGUCUGCUGGAGGAUAAAUCAUGCUGGUCAUCUGAGAGUUUUUCAUACAGGAGAGCCUCGAUGUAAAUGGGCCAGAAGCAGAACAUUUUGGUAUAACAAAUAUGUUUACAGCUAUGACUUUUUAUACUACAGAGUUUCUAAACUUUUGACUUCUUCUUCCAAGGGACUUACAAAAGUGAACAAUCGCAUGUCACGAAUAAAGAGUACUAUAGAAUCUGUUUCAAAGGCGGUGUCUGGAACUCACAGUGAAUUGGUUUCACGAAUAGCUCGAUUGAAGUCACACUCGGGUACUCCGGGAAAAGCAAAUAAGAGCAGUGCAGAUGCAAAUAACAUCAAUGCAAAUCUAGAAAAUGUUGAACAAGUUACAGAUGCCAGACGUCAGGAGGAUUGCAACAGAGGCCCAGUUACAAAGAAAUUCACUUGUGCAAAUGAAAAGUCAGAGGCUAUGUUGGUAAGGUCAAGUGGUGCUAAUCAAGAUACUCCAGAAGAUUCAGCAUUUACUAAAAACCACCUUUUUCAUGUAAGCUGCUUUUCUACGAAUUUUGGAGAGACUUACAACUUCGUAGCUGAUCACAUCAACUGGUACUUUAAUAAUCAUUUUCUUAUGGAUAAGGGGAAAAAAAACAGUGCUGUAUUACAGGACUCUAAAAGUGAAAAGAGGAAUAAACCUGGUUCAUCAGAAAAUACUGUAAUGAGUGAAGAAAAGAUAGCGGAUUCAGCAGCUACGUUGGCAUCUGAAGCAGAGACUCUGGGUGCUGAAAAGUCAAAGACUGCUCUUCCAGUUUCCACUAAAAAAAGUAUUGCAAACUUCCUUUCAUAUCCCAGUAACAGUGUACAAGCUUUUGUAGACAGUUACAUUGGUGGGUUGGUUCCCAAGUUAAGAUCUGAUUCAAAAGUAGCUUCCCAAGAAAAGAGUAAACAGCCAGAACAAGAAGUGUCUGAGAAAGAUGAGGAGGAUAAAGCAAAAGAGGCUAAGACUGCUGAAGAGAGAGAAAAACAUCUGUCUCUUCAGAGAGAAAAGAUUAUUGCAAGAGUGAGUAUUGAUAACAGAACUCGAGCUUUAGUUCAAGCCCUACGGAGAUCCUCUAAUCAAAGAGUCUGUAUCAACCGGGUUGAAGAGCUGACCUAUCAUCUUCUAGAAUUUCCGGAGAGCAGAGGAGUUGCAAUUAAGGAAAAAUUAAUCCCCUGCCUACUGCGACUGAGACAGGCAAAUGACGAAAGUCUUCAGGCUGCUGUUAGAGAGACUUUAGCUAUAAUUGGAUAUACAGACCCUGUCAAAGGCCGGGGAAUUCGAGUCCUCACUAUUGAUGGAGGAGGAACAAGGUAA